AAGUGCUCGUGGUUGUACAGGAAGUGAUCCAUUGCGCAUGUCCAAACGGUCGCGGCAGAUUUGGCGUUUGGUUUGAAUGGGUUAGCGCAAACAAACACGAGAGAAAUAACAAAUAAUAUUAUGUAGCGAAAAAUGGCCGACUUAUCUAACCUUACGGGGUUAGUCUCCGAACCGUCCGGAGAAAUAGACACCUCCGUCUCCUCUGCGAGCAACAGAAGUUUGCGUUUGGCAGAAAAAGAAAAAAGAAAAGCUGAGGCGGAUCCCUUUGGUCUCGCGGUGAAGUAUCUGUCUCAGGUGGAAGCUGGCACAGUAGUCAGAGGGAAUGAUGAGCUGGAGAGGAAUUUGGUGGUGGUGGAGACAGUGGCUCUCAGUAAGGGUCUUCCUCCGGAGGUAAUCACAGUGCUUCUGGACAUGGCUUUAAGCCUCAAUGCAGGAACUGCGAACUGUACCCGGGUGCUGAAGUUUCUAAUACCUGCCACAGUGGUGCCACAGGAGGCCAUUGUGAAGGGGGUGUCGUGGCUAUGUGUAGGAAAAAUGCCAAUGAAUGCACAGGUUCUCUUUGUCCGCUGGGUACUUACUGUUUUUGACCUGAUUGACUGCAAAGACAACUUGAGAUCCAUUUAUGGCUUCAUUUUCAGCUUUGUGAUGGAAGAAAAUCUGUGCCCUUUUAUUUGCCACUUGUUGUACCUUUUAACUAUGCGGGAACAUGUUCACCCAUACAGAGUCAGGAAACUUUUGGAUAUUCAAGCCAAAAUGGGCAGGCAACCAUUUCUCACACAACUUCUGGCACUCUACAAAGUGUUCCGCCCAGACUUAGUGACGCUUUCUCUUCCAUCAAGAGCAAGGACUGGAUUCAAGAAUCACAACUCCACCUGGAAAGUGGCUCUGAGUGCUGUGCAGAGAAAAAACAAGAAUGCAGUUUUAGUUGACCAGAGCCUAAGCCUAGAUGUGAAAGAGAAGCCAUCUUCCAGAAAGAGGAAACUACAUCAUCUAGCGAUACCUCCCUUGAGCUCAGCGUUCGACAGCAACUCCAGCAAGAAGGUGUUCCGUCUGCAGGAGCUUCAAUCCUUCAGAGAGCUACUGGAGAACAUUCAUAAUAUAGAGCUGCCUGCCCAGAUGGGUUCGCUGCUGGGAUCAGCGCUGGCUCUGCACUACCUGGACUGUGUACAGGAUGAAUCUGCCUUCCUGCGCCUUAACUUUUGGCUUGGACACUCAUUACAAGAGGAGUUUUUACUAUGUCCUGUGGAUGGGAGUUCUGACAACACUUCUGAAGCCUGUCGUUUUCUGAGCACCGUCCUCUUCUCACAGCAGUUCCUGCAGGAGGGAUUCUCCAGCACAGAGAGUUUUCUUUAUAAGUUCCUGAGAGUAUGGGAUGGCUCUCUGCUCCGGCCGCAGAUCCUGGAUCUUCUCAGUGACAUUCCAUUGAUGCCCAGCUUUUACGUGCAUAAACUUCUCUUCGAGCCACUGAAGCAACUUUAUUUUACCUCCACUGUAUUUUUCAAGUGUAGUGUCAUCGAGUGUCUGAAUAGCAUGCUGGUGAAGUGGCUGACAUGGCACUCCGUCAGCGCAUCGGAUGGUGGUUUGGACAUCAGUCUUAACAGCAACAGCACCAUGACUAUGACCUUGUCUGGCUUCAUGGACUCCGUUAUGGAGCUGGUACACUUUGUGGGAGUGCUGGCGUCUGAGGGACUCCGUCUGGAGAACUGCCACAUUCUUCUGCUCAACCAGUCCCUUGCCUUCUAUGAGACGGUGUGUGACAUGUUUGUGAAGUACAGCUUGCCUCUGAUCAUCAUGCCUCCGGCUGGGGUGUUCUACCCAGCUCUAUUUGCCACAGACUCUAUCAGUGUGGAUCGGCUCGGCUACAUCAUGUACAGAUACCGGAAGAAUCUGACCUUGGCUAAGAAACAAGAGCAGCAGAGAGAGAAAACCCCCCACAUUAGCAGAAACACAUACAAGGAGUUUAAUCGAAACCUUCAAGCCAUGGUGAACUCCAUGUGGAACUCUUGGUGGUGCAUCCCCGGUUCAGACCUUGAGAUCGACAAGGAACUAAUUGCUCUGAGCAAAGUAGCAGAACCCUGGUGCCGCUUCGACCUCAUCCACCACCCGGCACUUUUCAGCUACGCCAUCGAAUUUCAUCAGAGGUGUUGGCCGGAGAGGAAGGAUGUGGAUAUUGGUUCCAUAAAGACCGGCAAGUACUGGAACUGGUAUAUGGAGUUUCUCUUUAAUCAAGGUUUUGAUGGCCUCAAAAACUUUAUUCAGACCAACACUGGCACGGCUCCUCAUUGAGCUGUCAAGAUGACAGGCAGGCUGUGAGUCAGACGUGAUGCUGUCAGGAAGUCCAGGUGUCAGGGGAUUCAUAAAACGUGUAUAUAUUUUUAUAAUCCUCCUCAGUAAGAGGGCCACUUGCAUAACUGUAAAUACCAAAUGUACAUUUCAAGCCAUUUCGUUAGUUUUCAUUCUUUUCUAGUGUUAUGUAUAUUUUUUUGCAUUUUAUCUUUUGUGCACUCAAAACAAACUAAAACAUUGUGGUAAACCUUUAAUAUUUGAAGAAAAAACAUGAUUAUGACUGCUUUAACUGCCAUUUAAAAUACAAUUUCCAUUAUUUAUAUGUCAAAGACUGAUGAAUAGUCUUAUUAUUCCUAUAAACCAUAUGUGGCUAUGUAUCUUUGACCGGUCUCAAUUAAAUAAAUCCUUUGCUCUCAGA